AUGUCCAGCAAAGCUCCGCUCUACAAAUUGCCCCCACUUCCCAGGCUCAAAGUCAAGAAACCAAUCAUCCAACAGGAAGCCAACAGAUGUCUAGUGCUCAUGUCGAACCUAUUGCAGUGCUGGUCGUCCAACGGACACAUGCACGGCGUGUGCGACACCCUGGUGCAGGACUUGAAGGCAUGCACAGCCGAAAACGCCAUGGGUAAGAACCAGAAGGUCCAGAAGAGUAACAUCAACUACCAUGCGGCCAGAUUGUACGACAGAGUCGGUGGGAAGUCGCACGAUUGA